CAACUGAAACUUUGCCAGUCAAAGUUGUACCCUUCAAUGAUAUCCUGUAGCCUUUUGGAUUAAGAUGGGAGAUGCCCAGGAGUCCUGUGCCCGCUGUUCCCCUGCGGUGGCUGGCAGCUCUCAGGCGGAGCAGAUUGAAGUGCUAGAAUCUGUAGACGCGUUACCCACAACCACUGAAGAUCACUGGAAAACUCUUUUUGACCAGUUUGAUUCUGAACAUAGCGGAUAUAUCAGCACUCAGCAGUUUUGGACCCUUUUGCAGAGUCAUGGUUCUGAGCUGGACCCACAUAAACUGGACGUCCUGCUGGCCUUGGCUGACAGUAAUGCUGAUGGAAAGAUUUGCUACCAGGACUUUGUGAAUCUUAUGAGUAACAAAAGAUCAAAUAGCUUUCGCAGGGCUAUCCUGCAGGGGAACAGAAGACUGUGCAAUAAGGCACUGCGUGAAGAAUCUGGACUAAACCUUUCCCAGCGGUUUAUACGACAUGUGGCUUACGAAACGCUUCCCAGAGAGAUUGACCGAAAGUGGUAUUAUGAUAAUUACACAGGAUGUCCCCCACCAUGGUUUAUGAUAGCUGUUACUAUUGUGGAGGUUGCUGUCUUUGUCUACUAUGGCUUUGUAUUAGACAGAUUUGUCCUCCAGGUUACCCAUCCCCUUUACCUGAAGAAGAAUCCACUGGUCUACCACCCACAGCUGAGAGCCCAGGCGUGGAGAUAUCUCAGCUACAUGUUCAUGCACGCAGGGAUAGAACAUUUGGGGGUGAAUGUGGCUCUCCAGCUGUUAGUCGGAGUUCCCCUGGAGAUGGUACACGGAGCUCUGAGGAUUGGCUUUGUAUACACAGCAGGAGUUCUGGCAGGAUCCCUGGCUGUCUCAGUGGCUGAUAUGACUGCACCAGUAGUGGGAUCAUCAGGUGGAGUUUAUGCCCUGGUUUCAGCUCAUUUAGCAAACAUUGUCAUGAACUGGUCAGGGAUGAAGUGUCAGUUCAAGAUAUUACGUAUGGCCUUUGCUCUUAUAUGCAUGAGCUUUGAGUUUGGACGUGCUGUCUGGCUGAGGUUCUACCCAUCUGCAUACCCUCCAUGUCCUUACCCCAGUUUUGUGGCUCAUUUGGGUGGAGUACUUGUUGGCAUCACUUUGGGAGUCGUUAUACUCAAGAACUAUGAGCAGAAGCUUCAAGAACAGUCCAUCUGGUGGAUUUUCCUUUGCAUCUACAUUUUCUUUCUGACGUUUGCCAUUUUUUGGAAUGUAUUUGCCUUCAAUCUCUUGAAUGUGAGAUUACCUCCUCCUCCCUAGAAUUGGAGAAUACACAUUGAUGCAUAUCAAGGCUUGCUAUCUUCUCAGUUAUACAACUCAAUGGUGCAAAGAAUUUAGCAAAGCCACUAUCGAAUAUAAUGUAAAGCCAUAAAUCUAACUGGACAGAAGUUUUUCUGUAAAGAAUAGAACUGAAGAUUUUCUUCUUCCCAUGGUGAAGUAGGGCUAAUGGUAUAUUUGUUUUUUACAACUAAAAAGUACAUUCAAAGUAUUGUAAAGUACUUUCUUAAGGAAAAAUGCUUUUCAAAAAUGUAUUAGUAAUUUUGAUAGCCUCAAAACCAUUUUCACAUUGGUGCAUCACAAUAUGGGCCAGAUUACAAGUGGGUCAUGGUAACCAAUAUUGUACCCGCACUAACUUGCGCAUGCAUUACAAGCAUUAUGUUAGCACGAGGAGAGACCUAGCAUAAAGAGUAAGAGUUGAAAAAAAAAUGUGCACCAAACACAACAUAAAUAAACUGUUACACUCACAUUUGCACUAUCUGCUAAAAAAUAUUUAUAUAAAUACUUUUUUAUAAUAAU